CCCGCAGCCACCAGUAAACAAUUCAGGCCGCAAGGACGAGGCCAGGGCGUCAGGAGGCCGAAAGACGCGAAAUACUUUCAUUUCAACCGCCCAAGGUGUACCACUGCCUGCCCAGCAUGUCCCGACGGCCUGGCACUUCGGACACGCCCAAUUUCGCCAAAUUGUCACUGGACGACGCCGAUGAGGACCUGUUCGCAAGUCCGGAAAGCGGUGCAACAACGCAGAAGCAUACUCCUGGCUCGGCGACAUCCUCUACGCAGCGCGCGCAGGCUACGCGCCCACAAACGAAGCAGGAGAUCGAAGAUGCGCGAAAUGCGCAGCUCCGAGCCGAGCUGGAAAAAAUCCGCGAAGUCAAUCGUGUGAUUGAAGGAGUGACAACGAGCUUGACCAAAGCCAAGGAUAACAUGGAGAAUGUGCACAAGACUGUGAGCAAUGCGUCAACGCUACUCGCGACCUGGACGAGGAUUUUGAGCCAAACAGAGCACAACCAACGAGUGAUUCUGAAUCCCAACUUUCAAGGCGCUUCGCAGGAUCUCGAAGAUAUUGAGAAUGAUGAAGUGCGGCGGCAGCAGGAGAUCGAGAGACGCGCUUUUGAGCAGCAGAGGAGGCAAGAGGAGGCGCAGCGGAAGGCAGAGGAGGAAGAACGGAGAAAAGCUGCCGCGGAGGCUACGCGAACGAGAGCGGGAUUAAAUAGGACGAGGAGUACGAGAGGGACAACGAGCUCAACGAGAGGACAGGCUGCUGCGCGGGGGAGAGGCUUGACUGCUGCGACACGGGGCACUUCGAGUUAUGGCAGAGUGUCUAGCGCAACGAGAGGACGAGGUCGCGGACUGGGUUGAGAGAGCAAAAGGAUAUGGAUGAUGAAGGAAACAUGUCAAAGAUGAAGGAGACCAGGCGAACAGCCAACGAUUGAUCUCAAGAAGACACUACCAUCUUCCGUGCUCCACAGCACUGGCGGCAAUGCUCAAAAUCACGCGUACCUGACGGGAUAUGCCAUAGACGCGGUGGCCGUGUCCGGAGACUCACUGCCGCUAUACGUACGGCAUCAUGCCAACCGACCUUUAUAUUGCAGACACAUCGAUGUACAGCAAUUGCACAGCGGGACAAAGUCGAACACUAGCGAGCGGGUUAUAAGCUGUAAAAGUUCCAAGGCAGCGGAGACAGAUACAUGUCAGGAGAAG